AUAAAGCGAUAAAAUGCCUGGAUCAUAAGAGAAAAACGAGUGGCACCCAUUUUUUCCAUUAAUAGCAGCACAAGAAACCAUGGCCCCAGAAAUUGCCCACCAUGAAAGCAGCAAUGAUGAACUGUGUCACCCUCUCCAGCUCAACAUUUUGGCACCAACCCACUUCAAGAAUCAACCUGAAUUUCAAAAUUAGAGCAUCAAUUUCAACCUCAGCCAACAUGGCCACAAAAGUAGCUCCUGCUAUCAUAGUUGGAGGUGGACGUGUGGGAAGAGCUUUACAAGAUUUGGGUAAUGGAGAUGAUGUUUUGGUUAAAAGGGGUGAACCAGUACCUAUUGAUUUUGCAGGUCCAAUAUUGGUUUGCACUAGAAAUGAUGAUCUUGAAGCUGUACUUGAAGCUACUCCUAAAUCUCGUUGGAGCGAUUUGGUAUUUUUCCAGAAUGGGAUGCUAGAACCUUGGUUCCAAAGUAAAGGCCUCGGUGAUGCAGACCAAGUUUUGGCAUAUUUUGCAGUAUCAAAGCUUGGUGAACCCCCAACUGAUGGGAAAACUGAUACAAAUCCAGAAGGAUUGACUGCGGCUUAUGGGAAAUGGGCAUCUGCAGUGGCUGCAAGAUUGCAUGCUGGAGGACUCUCUUGCAAGGUACUUGACAAGGAGCCUUUUCAGAAGCAAAUGCUGGAGAAACUUAUAUGGAUAUGUGCUUUCAUGCUUGUUGGAGCUCGUCAUCCUGGAGCAACAGUAGGAGCUGUUGAAAAAGAGUACCGCUCUGAGGUGUCUAAACUGAUUGCUGAGCUUGCGGCUGCAGCAGCUGCAGAGAAAGGUCUAGUUUUUGAGGAUGCCAUGGAGGACAGGCUCUGUGCUUACUCACGAGCUGUUGCACACUUCCCAACGGCUGUCAAGGAGUUCAAAUGGAGAAACGGAUGGUUCUAUUCACUCUCUGAAAAGGCAAUCGCAGACGGGAAACCAGAUCCAUGCCCAUUACAUACUGCAUGGCUUAAAGAACUAAAAGUAGUCUAAGAUAUAAGUGUUACUUGAUAUAUUAUGAUUGUUGAGGCCCUCUGUUUUUCUUUUGGAGGAUGUAUAUGAGAGCUGCUGUAUAAAUUAACUUUAAUGUUAAAAUAGUCCUCCUAUUUCAUAUUGGAA